UUCUGUAUCUAAAACUGGGUUUUAUGCAUCCUACUUGUUUAGCCAUUUUUCUCUUUCUUCUUGCUUCUUUUUUCUUCCAAAAUCUUGAAGCCAAGAUCAUCCUACCUAAGAAUGUAACAGUUCCAGCUUUGAUUAUGUUCGGAGAUUCAAUUGUUGAUACAGGCAACAAUAACCAUCUUGCCACUUUGUUUAAAUGCAAUUUCCCACCCUAUGGAAAGGAUUUCUUAGGAGGAGAACCAACAGGAAGGUUUAGCAAUGGAAGGAUCCCUUCGGACAUACUGGCUGAAGAGCUAGGAAUUAAGGAGUUUUUGCCCGCCUAUCUCGAUCCAAACCUUCAAACUGAAGAACUCCUCACCGGCGUUUGCUUCGCUUCGAGCGGCACCGGUUAUGAUCCUCUCACAUCUCAAGUAACGUCGGUAUUAUCGUUGUCGGAUCAACUGAAGUUGUUCAAGGAGUACAUAGAGAAACUGAAGACACUAGUUGGAGAGGAGAGAACUGCAACCAUCAUCUCCCAAAGCCUAUACGUUGUUUGUGCAGGGAGCAAUGAUUUUCUGAUAACGUAUUUUCUGACACCGUUGAGGAGAGCGAAAUACGACGUCCCUGCCUACACGGAUUUCAUGAUCCAGUCAGCCUCUACAUUCCUUCAAGAAUUGUAUGAUCUCGGAGCAAGAAGGAUCGCUGUGUUGAGCGUUCCGUCAGUAGGGUGUGUGCCAUAUGCGAGAAGCUUAUUGGGAGGAAUCGGAGGAGGACGAGGAGGAGAUGGAGGAUGCAUAGAGGAUGUCAACGAAGCAGCACAGCUCUUCAAUGCUAAGCUAUCUUCCCAGAUGGAUUGGCUUAACAACAAGUUCCCAGAAGCAAGGAUGGUUUAUAUUGAUGUCUACUUUCCUCUUCUCCAUCUUAAUCGAAGGCCUCGCGAUUAUGGAUUUGAAGAAGUCAGCAAAGGUUGCUGUGGCACGGGGAAGAUAGAAGUAGCAGAACUUUGCAACGACUUGAAUCCUUUCACUUGCACCGACGUCUCCAAGUACGUAUAUUGGGACAGCGUUCACCCUACAGAAAAAGCUUACCAGAUUAUCUUUGCUUCUGUGGAAAUGCAGGCACAGAGCCUCAUCUACAAGUUCUUCUAAAUCAACUUAAUUUAACAAUUUAUUAAGGAUAUCAUAUUCUCCACAGCUGUUAACUAUAACAAUAAAUUAAUCUCAAACAAAUUAUAUAUAUGACAUUAUAUUUCUUGAUAACUAUCUAUCUCUUUUUUUAGAAA